UUGGAAAAAUCAACUCUCGCUUUCUCUCUCUAUCUGCAUCUUCGCCAACGCGAUUUCGCACUGCGAUUCCUCUUCAUCAUCUGCUUCGCCAUUCGCCCUUCUCCCUCUCGAAUUGGGUAGAGAUUCCGCUUCUUCUUCCCCCCUUUCCCCCUUUCCUCUUUUGGGUUCCUCCGCUGGCGGUGCCGAUUCGCGGUCGGUCUGCGUUCUCCGCUAGGGUUUCGGCUUUUUCUUGAUCCGCUCCCGUUCCUCGCUUGUUCCUUCUUAUUCUACCUUGGCGGGCCCCCUUUCUCUCGAUGGGACCGGAAAGUCGGAGUCUUUGGUCCUCCCCCGAUUCCUCUCUGUUCCGAUCGGGGCUCGAUUCCGGCGAUUUCGGCGAUCUCGGCGAUCGGCGAUCGGUCCUUCGGUUCUAGGUCUUCUGGGUAUCUGCCGGAAUUGGUCGGGGGUGUUCUUGGGGGAUAAAGGGGGGAUUUUGUGCUUUUUUUCUUCUUUGGCGUCUCUUUUCGUCGAUUGGGACGGUUCUUGGCCCGAUUGGGGUUCCGCCUUUUUGCGUUCGAUUCGUCUCAGAUGGUGAGCUCGGAGGGUUUGGGGGCAUCGCCGCCGCCGGCGAUGGCGACGACGGCGACGGCCGCGAAGCAAUUCGGGGUCACGAAACCGAUAUCGGUGUUGGGGCCCACCGAGGUCGAUGUUCAGAGAAGCAUGGAGUUGGAGAAGUUUUUGGUCGAUGCUGGGCUCUAUGAGAGCGAAGAGGAGGCUCUGAAGAGACAGAUGGUUCUCGAUCGGAUUGGGCAGAUUGUAAAAGAUUGGGUGAAGCAACUAACUCGUCUACGCGGGUACUCGGAUCAAAUGGUGGAGGAUGCAAAUGCUGUUAUUUUUACUUUUGGUUCUUAUAGGCUUGGGGUACAUGGCCCUGGUGCUGACAUAGACACUUUGUGUGUUGGGCCAUCCUAUGUGAAUCGAGAGGAGGAUUUCUUCUUCAUAUUGCAUGACAUCCUGGCACAGAUGGAAGAAGUGACGGAAUUACAGCCAGUUCCCAAUGCUCAUGUGCCUGUAAUGAAAUUUAAGUUUGAUGGGAUAUCAAUCGACCUUCUUUAUGCAAGCAUUUCGCUACUGGUUGUGCCAGAUGAUUUUGACAUCUCCCAAGUAUCUGUUCUGUAUGAUGUUGAUGAACCUACUGUUCGAAGUCUCAAUGGGUGCAGGGUUGCAGAUCAAAUUCUGAAGCUUGUUCCGAAUGCUGAGAAUUUUCGGACUACACUCCGCUGUCUAAAGCUUUGGGCUAAAAGGCGUGGCGUCUAUUCCAAUGUGACUGGAUUUCUUGGUGGUGUCAACUGGGCAUUGCUUGUAGCUCGUGUGUGCCAGCUUUAUCCUAAUGCGGUCCCCAGUAUGCUAGUUUCACGGUUCUUCAGAGUUUAUACACAGUGGCAUUGGCCAAACCCAGUUAUGUUAUGCCCAAUUGAAGAGGAUGAACUUGGCUUUUCUGUUUGGGAUCCACGUAAAAAUCCUCGUGACAGGACCCAUCAUAUGCCUAUCAUAACACCUGCAUAUCCUUGUAUGAAUUCUAGUUAUAAUGUCUCAACCAGUACUCUGCGUGUUAUGAUGGAACAGUUCCAAUUUGGCAACAAGAUAUGUGAGGAGAUAGAAUUGAACAAGGCCCAGUGGAACGCACUAUUUGAGCCUUAUAUGUUCUUCGAAAGCUAUAAAAAUUAUUUGCAGGUCGACGUAAUUGCUGACGAUGCAGAUGACUUGCGUUCUUGGAAAGGCUGGGUGGAAUCGAGGCUUAGGCAGUUGACUUUGAUGAUUGAACGGGACACAUAUGGGAAGUUGCAAUGCCAUCCAUACCCUCACGAGUAUGUUGAUACAUCAAAGCAAUGUGCACAUACGGCUUUUUUCAUGGGUUUGCAGAGGAAACAGGGGGAGAAAGUUCAGGAAGGUCAGCAGUUUGACAUACGUGGGACGGUUGAUGAAUUUAGGCACUCCGUAAAUAUGUAUAUGUUCUGGAAACCGGGGAUGGAGAUAUAUGUGUCUCAUGUUCGCAGAAGACAGAUUCCUUCUUAUGUGUUUCCUGAUGGAUAUAAGCGAGCUCGAUCUAGAAUUUCAACCCAGCAUCAAGGUGAAAAAGCUUCCUCAGAAGAUGCUGAUGUGUGCAAGGGUGAAUCAGCUGAGAGAGACCUUAAAAAGAAGAAAAGCCUUGUAGGGGAGAAUGUGAAUCAAAGUGGUUUGAAGAAACGCAGAUCUCUCAGUCCAUACACAUGUGGUUCAGUAUCACCUGAAAUUGUUACUGACAAACCCCGCAACCUGUCUCAGGAGAAUUCUAUAUUAGGUUUAGUGGGAAAGGGAGAGACUUCUGAGUUGAACAUGACAUCGCAGGUUGGCAAAAGUUGCGACUUUCAGUCUAUUAACUUUAGUGCUAAUACUGGGUCCAUCAACCAAGAGCUGAAAGUAGCUGAGGUUGAUGAACGGUCAAAGUUAGAAAAUGCCGAAGGUGGCUGUGCUUCUAAUUUCAGUGCUGUUAGAGUGCUUGCCAGUGAGGUGGGUUCAUGUGAGGGAAUGCGGCUUGACUCUACCUUCGGAAGCAGUGAGGGGAAUAAUGGGAGUGCUGAGGUUAGCAUUGAUGGUAGUACCAAUCUGGGGUCUUCUCGGAGUGAUUCAUGUGAGGCAGAUUCGAACUCACCUUUGGAGGUUGGAUGUCCUGAGUUCGCAGGAGGCUUGCGAGAAGAAUUGGAGCCAAAUGCGGUGGUUGGGCUGGCACUUCAGCCGAGGGGCGGCAUGGACCCAGAGGUGCAAAAGCCAGUGAUAAGCUCGAUGGCAGGUUGAGUUUUACAUGAGCAGCUUUGAAAGGAUUGAAAUUGUGAAUCAACUGAUAAAAGUUCUUGGCUGUGAGGCCAUCAGAGUCAGAAAGACCAAAGGAGACAGAAAGCCAGCAGUUUCUGGUAAGUAUACUAAUUGCUGGCUUUCAUUUGUUUCUUUUUCAGGCGCAUUGGUACCUUCAUAUUGUGAAGCAAACUUCAACCAAAAUGUCAAAAAAAAAAAAAGGGAAGAAAAUUUGUCUUCGAACGUGAUGUGAAGUGUGAACUGCAAAGCUUUGCAGUUUGAUCUGUACAGUUCUAAUUUUAGACCGAAGCGCUUGCGCUUGAUGCUCUCACUGAUUAUUCCAGCAUUCUGUCAAGUAUGGGAAAAUGUCGCGAAAUAUGCUGGACUUGUUCGGUGGGUUUUUCUUUCUAUAGAAAGUGGUUUUGUUUAUGAGGAUGGAGGAUCUCGCCAUAUGGACAACGAGAUGCUUCGGUAGGUUAGUGUGUGUAGCAGGUUUCGAUGUUCUACUCUGUUUCCGAGUCAUUGUACACUACUGACGUGUAAUGUAACGGAUAUUUAGCCCCUC